AUGACUCAAUGCCGGCACUGCGAAAUUGAUGCAACUUCUCGCUUCCGCAAAGGGCGGCUUUACGUAUGCUGCAAAAGCGAUGGUCUAUCAACUGACCGCGUUCGACAAUUGCACGAUCUGCUACCCAGUCCAACGGACAUGAUGCUGUCUCCAGUAAGUCGUGCACUCCGAGCGCGAUCAUUCCAGGGCACACGUCCUAAUCGGAUGUCUGCUGUUGAUGAAGCACUCUCUGUUCGAUCCAUUUCCCGCUGCCAGUAA